AUGAUUCAGAGCGUCGAUGUCUCACAUCAAGGGAAUGAAGGGUAUAUCACAUUCAUAAGCAGAGUCAACGGUGGCUUGCCUAAGCCCAGCUACAGUUGUACCUACACAGCACGUUUAGAUGGUAUCUGGUAUAUGGUCCUCGGGGAUGCCUGCAACGAUCUUUUCGAGGAUUCAGACUACUUCUUUAGGAAAGGUCCGUUCGGUUACGAUCUCAUGGCCGACCCUGUACCCUACGCGCUGUACCUACCGGUCGGCUUCGGCACGGGCAAGCGUUGUGUCACACAAUAG